UCUCCUCCUCGCUUUUGCAUUCGGGAUCCGGGGCUGGACUUGGGCGACGGUCCCUGACGCGUCGGUUUCAAGGCUCCUCCCUCCCGGUGAAAAAGGCAGACUGCGGGGCGCCUGGAAACCGGUUGGAAGGGGAAGGAAGAGCGGGCUUGAGGGAUUGCCACAAAUGGUCAGGCGGCCGCGGUGGCGGAGGAAGAAGAAGAGGAGGAGGAGGAGGAAAAGGCGGCCGUAACACAACCAGCAGCAUCAGGAGGAGGAGAAGCAGGAGCCUCGCUCUACCUGGCUGCAGAAGAGAGCGAGGAAGAGGCGCUGCGGAGGAAGGAAGGAAGAAGCGCCUGGUGGAGAGCUGGGCUCCUUCCCUGCCCCAUGUAGACCUUCAUGAGUCUCAACUUUGGGCUGGAAGGAGAGGAGGGACGAGGCAGAAGGAUCCGCCAGGAGGAGGAGAAGUAUGGCUGAGAAGUGGCAAGUUGGCUGCAGGGCGGGGAAGCCCUGGCCAGCCAAGGCGGGGAGCAUCUCCAGUGCCAGCAUCCUCCCCUCCCUGGACCUUGGGGCUCUCCUGCUGUUCCUGCUGCUUCUGCUGCACCCCGAGGCAGCUUGGGGCCAGGCUCAGGGCCCUCCUCCUCCUCCUGCCCACCCGCAGCCCUACAACGGCGAGAGGGGCAUCUCGGUGCCGGACCACGGCUACUGCCAGCCCAUCACCAUCCCCUUGUGCACCGACAUCGCCUACAACCAGACCAUCAUGCCCAACCUGCUGGGCCACACCAACCAGGAGGACGCCGGUCUGGAGGUGCACCAGUUCUACCCGCUGGUCAAGGUCCAGUGCUCGGCCGAGCUCAAGUUCUUCCUCUGCUCCAUGUACGCCCCGGUGUGCACCGUCCUGGAGCAGGCCUUGCCCCCGUGCAGGUCCCUCUGCGAACGGGCCCGGCAGGGCUGUGAGGCCCUUAUGAACAAGUUCGGCUUCCAGUGGCCUGACACCCUCCGCUGCGAGAAGUUCCCCGUCCACGGGGCGGGAGAGCUCUGUGUGGGGCAGAACACCUCCGAGAGGGGCACCCCCACCCCUUCGGUGGGGCCCCAGGCCUGGACCAGUAACCCCCAGUUCCGAGCCGGUGGAGGUAUAGGAGGAGGGGGAGGACUAGGAGGCCACCUAGGGGAGCGGGUGGGCAAGUUCACCUGCCCGCGGGUGCUCAAGGUGCCCUCCUACCUCAACUACCGCUUCCUGGGUGAGAAGGACUGCGGGGCCCCUUGUGAGCCGGGACGCCUCCACGGGCUCAUGUACUUUGGGCCUGAGGAGCUGCGCUUCUCUCGCACCUGGAUUGGCAUCUGGUCGGUGCUGUGCUGCGCCUCCACUCUCUUCACCGUCCUCACCUAUUUGGUGGACAUGAAGCGCUUCAGCUACCCAGAGCGGCCCAUUGUUUUCCUCUCAGGGUGCUACGCUGCCGUGGCCGUGGCCUACGUGGCCGGCUUCUUGCUGGAGGACAAGGUGGUUUGCAAUGAGCGCUUCUCGGAUGAUGGCGUGCGGACGGUGGCCCAGGGCACCAAGCGAGAAGGCUGCACCAUCCUCUUCAUGAUGCUCUACUUCUUUGGCAUGGCCAGCUCCAUCUGGUGGGUCAUCCUCUCACUGACGUGGUUCCUGGCAGCUGGCAUGAAGUGGGGCCACGAGGCCAUUGAAGCAAACUCGCAGUACUUCCACCUGGCCGCCUGGGCUGUGCCAGCCAUCAAAACCAUCACCAUCUUGGCCCUGGGGCAGGUGGACGGAGACGUCCUAAGUGGCGUCUGCUUUGUAGGCAUCAACAAUGUGGACGCCUUGCGGGGCUUUGUGUUGGCACCAUUGUUUGUUUACUUGUUCAUUGGCACUUCUUUCCUCCUGGCUGGAUUUGUGUCCCUCUUCCGGAUCAGGACCAUCAUGAAACAUGACGGGACCAAGACCGAAAAGCUGGAGAAGCUGAUGGUGAGGAUCGGGAUCUUCAGCGUCCUCUACACAGUGCCUGCCACCAUUGUCAUAGCCUGCUAUUUUUAUGAGCAAGCUUUUAGGGAACAGUGGGAAAAGAGUUGGUUUGCUCAGAGCUGCAAGAGCUAUGCCAUCCCUUGCCCCAGUAACCACCACCAUCCACCCAUGAGCCCAGACUUCACUGUCUUCAUGAUCAAGUAUCUCAUGACCUUAAUUGUAGGCAUCACAUCAGGCUUCUGGAUCUGGUCCGGGAAAACACUCAGCUCUUGGAGGAAGUUCUAUACCAGACUCACCAACAGCAAGCAAGGGGAAACCACAGUCUGAGGUCUACACAACCAGUUAGGGAUAGGAGGCUGCCCAGUGUCUCCUAGUAGAGAUCCUAGCCGUCGUUCCGUGAAAACCGCUUGGUCUGGGGACUUUUCUCUCCAGACCGCAGGAACCUGAUAACAAAACGGCUGGCAACGAGACAGACCUUUUGUUUUCUCCCCGCUUUCGGCUGGACUGAAUUUACUGUAAAGUUGGGAAUGUGACUUUGAGGUUGUUGUAAAUAGCCUCUGUAAGAUUUUGUAAGUACGUUUGUAUUUAAAUGGGGGAAAAAACUCACUUUUGUAUAAUUAUUUAGAACUUUUUUAACCCCUUGGCAGACUUUUCUCUGUUGUUUUUGUUUAAAGAAGGAAGAAAAGCAGCUCUCUUUUCAUUGUUAGUGCAAAAAAUGGGGGGGGGGGGAAGCGAUCAUAAUAGCUCUUCCUUUCCCCACCACCUUACAAGGUAGUAUGGUGGUUGCCGGAGUGAGGAAGAUCAAUUCAAAACUGGUUGAUUUGCAAGAUGUUAGGAAAACUAAUGGGAAAGUUGUGGGGAAGGCUGCUUGAUGGCACUGCUGGGUUGAUCUAUUCUGCAUGUCAACAACAGCAGACGGGGAGUGGAAGAGUCCCAACUCCUCCAAUCCUUACUCAGUGUGACCCGAAGGUGUAAACGGAGGAAGCCGUUUUACCUGUUCCAGAUCCAGAAUGGGAGGAGUUUGAGGAGACUGUGUGUUGUUGUGUUACCCAACUGCAAAUCUUAGCCCAGCCUAAGGAAACUUCCUCUCGCAACCACCAAACUCCUGAGCCUUGCCUAAAGGUGUGACCUAUUUUUAAGAAGCAUGAAAUUGAAAGGUUGAGAGUCGGGUUUUCUCACCAGCGGCUCUCGUCUGCACAUGUCUGAUAGUUUAGAAGAAGUGUAACUCUCUCUCUCCUCCAACUUUCUGUAAUGCACAUAUUUCAGUAGUGCAGUGUGCUUUCUAAACCAAGAAGGGGCAACUUCCUCACAACCUCUGAGGAUGCUUGCCAUAGAUGCAGGCGAAACGUCAGGAGAGAAUGCUUCUAGAACAUGGCCAUAUAGCCCGAAAAACCUACAACAACCCAACUUCUUUCUGUUUGGGAAAUAAAGUCAUUAUUGCUCCAUUAGGCAUAAAAACAGGUUUUGCAUUUUGAUUGUAUUUUGACAGCCCAUUUCUGACAAGUUUGCUUUUUGGGGGGAAUGAUAGGGUUGUAUUGUCGAAGGCUUUCAUGGCCGGAAUCACUGGGUUGAUGUAGGGUUUUUUUCGGGCUAUAUGGCCAUAUAGCCAUAUAAAUGGCCAUAUAGCCCCCAAAAACCUACAACAACCCAAUGAUAGGGUUUGCUGUUUUUGUUUUCGUGCUUAAUGAAUUUGGUGGGAGUGAAAGACCAAGAAUAGCCCCGCUGAACCCAUUUUGUAAACAAACUCCUCUCCAUGACCAAGAGCAAAAAAACCCCAAAUCUCAUAAGAGAUUCCAGCAGCUUGGAUUAUUUUGAAUUUAUUUUCAAAAGUAUUUGUUGCUUAUACAUUCAUUUCUCCGUAUCAUUAUAAUGAGUGGGUUUUAAUUCCUUCUUGUUAAUAGGUGAUUGAAAGGCAUGGUGAUUUAUGCCACCGGGGGAAAGAAAUUUCAGCUCAAGGAUGGGAUGUCAAACCCCCAAGAAUCUAUAAGCCUGGUGUUUCAGUAUAGUAAUUUAUAUGUAAAGCUAAGAGAGCCUGUGUAUGAUUGGUCUACGCUCUCUCUAAACUGUUAUGGCUUGUAUUUCCUUAACAGGCUUAUACAAAAUGCAUCAAAUUUAACUGGCAAACACAUUUUUAAUAUUUAAUCCUUUGUAUGGCAAAACUGGUUUGCUGCUCUUCUGAUUGUACUGUUUCGAACUUUUAUAUAUAUAUAUAUACAAGCACCUGUCCUAAAUAUUAUCUAUGACUUUACCGUACCCUAAAAUGCAUAGCUCUAUGAAUUUGGUAUGCAUUUGUCUCUGUUCACUAUUGCAAGAUCAUCUAUAUUUAUAGAGGAAUAGAAGUUUAUAUAUAUAAAUAUAUAUAAAGAUACAUAUUUUUAAUUUCUUUUGAAAUAAAUUGAGGUUUUGUACAAAG